UCAAUUUUUUUUCUUGACUGGAAUAUUGUUGAGCCGAGCGGGACAGAGUGUCCUGCCCGCUCGAGUUGCGGUCCCGUCUCCGCUGCAGCCCAGGCGACUGUCAUUUGAUCGGCGAUAUCUUCCACAUCAACAAGAGGCCUUUCAACCCAGACGCUCGAAUUCAAGUCGAUUAUGACAUUUUCGUCUUUACAAAAUCCCCUCCCUUCGAAAUGUGUCACGAUGGAAACGCCUCCCUGGAGCACGCGUCUUAUGGACACUUCAUCCGGUGGGCUGGUGUUCACCUUGAGGCUCGACUGGAAUGCUUCAAUCACUUCACCAACCCCCUUUAAGAGGUUUCAAUGCCAACCUCGCAUUGCUCAAGCGGGCUCACGACACCACUAUAGAGAUCUGACCAUGACAUACAGAAACCCUCCAGCUAUGUAUGUCGCGUUCAAAGCCCAAGGGGCGGCUGGUGAGUCGCGACUUGCCCCCCUCAGCAAUCUAUGAAGAGCGUGACGCAAGGGAACAUGCCUCGUGAAGAAACUCAGGGUCAGCCUCCCUCUCUGAAGAUUCGCGUCUUGCUGUCUCUUAUGUCUACAGUUUGAUACCCUCAGAACUGUCCGCUCUGGUGUUCAUGAUGAGUUUCCUCUUCCUUCUAGUCUUUGUGAACUUUGUAGUCGUCGCUUCUGUUAUCUACAACUUGAUACUCCAGGCAGCGUUUUGCUCGCCGUCAUCAUCAUCAGCAUCAUCAUCAUCAUCAUGGCAUCACUUUUGCGUCUCCUCGCCUCGCUACUUUUCGUUGCAGUAUCCAAUGCUGCUCCAGGGGUCUAUUUUCCCAUCAGCUCUCAAAUCCCACCUAUUGCCAGAAUCGGAGAACCGUUCUCGUUUAUAUUUUCAAAGUCAACAUUCACCUCGACAUCAAGCAUCACCUACUCCCUUGCCAACUCUCCAGAUUGGCUUUCAAUCGACGGCGAUGCACGGAAGCUCUAUGGACUACCAACAGAGGCUGAUGUCGGAUUGGGAGUUAGGGUGAAUGUUCCGUUUGGAUUGGUGGCAACUGACGAGACCGGCUCGACAACACUUGACAUCACACUGAUCGUUUCAAGGAAGGCCGGGCCCAAGCUUGAUAUUCCUCUCAACCAACAGAUACCGGGAUUUGACUUCUUCUCCAACCCCUACACCAUUCUGUCACCGCCGAUGAACCAGUUCUCUUUCGUGCUGGACCCAAAGACCUUCUCAGCACCUUCAGACAAGCCUUUGACAUACUAUGCAGUCAUGUCGGACAACACUCCUCUUCCGGCCUGGAUAUCGUUUGACGCCGGAAAACUUGCUUUCUCCGGACAGACUCCAGCUUUCGAGGCUCUCGUCGACCCACCCCAGACCUUCGAGUUCCAACUCCUAGCCACUGACACACCUGGGUUCGCCGAUGCCUCUCUGAGAUUCAACAUUGUGGUCGGGAACCACAGAGUUACGGCCGAUCAGACGACAGUUGUCAUCAAUGCAACUGCUGGGAAGUCCUUUUCAUAUGACGGGCUGCGAGGCAGCAUCGACGUCGAUGGCCAACCCAUGCCUUCUGGCGAUGGUAUGAUCGUGGCCUCUACUUUCAAUACCCCGUCAUGGCUCACCCUGGAUAUGGACAGUCUACAUAUCGCAGGCACUCCUCCCUUGACAGCAAAGUCAACAAACUUUACCCUCACGCUCCAGGACAGCUUUGCGGACAGAUUCAAUCUGACUGUCAUGGUUCAGGUCAGCGGCACUCAAGCUCAAAUCUUCGGCAUGUUGAAGGAAGAGCUGCCUGUCAUACAGGCACACGCGGGCGAGCACAUAAAUUUUGAGCUUGACCCCUUCCUAAAGGAGCCUGAUGGCACAGAAAUAGUUGUCGAUGACGAUGCAUCGCCUUCAUGGAUCCAUGUCCGCGAAGGAACCAUUUUCGGCGACGUACCAAAAUCGUCAAAAGACUCCAUCGUCAGUGCUACGAUAAGAUUGACUUCAAAAGCUUCAGGAGCAUCAGAGUCAGUCCUGCUGAGCGUGCACAUGCUAGCGGAUUCAGGGGACGCGGUAGACACGACAGAUACAGAUUCGACUUCGGGCUCGUCGGGCGGUACUAAGCCUACUGAGGAACAUGCACCUACUCCCAUCGGACUCAUUCUGCUGGUCACUAUCCUUCCCGGACUCUUGCUCCUUGGCGCUCUCAUGGGCAUGCUUAUCUGUUGCCUUAGGCGACGAAGAGAAGCCAAACGACCAAAGCUCAGCACCCGUGAUAUAUCGGGCCCUCUUCCGGGAACUUUCACCAUCAAUGUCACAGGUCCAGAUGGGCAGAGUUCCAUGGAGCACAUAACAGGACCACACAACACGCAAAGCACGAUAAGUCAUAUGUCACUUGCUGAACAAGACCGGAAGAGUGACCCUGAAUCGGGCAUCAGCCGCCACCAAAGCUUCGAUGUUGACGUGCCACGCCCGCUCAGCACAGUUCGGAUGCUGCCUACCAACGAAGAACUCCUGCCGGCGAGCAGUAGUCUUCUGGAUAUCACAGGUUCGCCUCUGAUGUCCGGUGCUAUCACUGGAACUCCGCGAAAUCGGCGGCACGAAAGAACCCAGACGCUCCUCAGCCACAUUUCGGAGACUAGCUACUAUGAGGAGCACUCCUCAGGAAUCACCAUCGAAAAUACUCUGGAAUUCCUCGGCAACAGCAACACCAGAGGCUCGUUUCGGGAUGGUGUUGAAGUCGACAUUCCGUGCCUUGGUGACCUGUCUAGCAUCCAACCCACCCCGAACUCUGCAUAUACGGGCGAAUCAUACUGGAGCAAGCUAGGUUCCGGCCCGUCCGUUCAUAACAGAUCUCCUGCGAUAGGCUCAGUCCACAAUGAUCCUACAGGCGCUGCCCGGACUCAGCCAGCCAUGCUAGUGAGAAAACUCGUGUGGCCUUGGUUCAAGGGCCGUGUCAUCAGUAUCAAAGGUGUUGCUGAGAAGUUCGGGGAGGCAGCGAAGACAACAUUGGCAGGCUUGCCCAGUCUGUCCAGUGUCCAGGCAUCUUUACACGAAAAGACACCAGACAUAUCACUCUUAUCAAACAAGCAGUCUGAAAGCUCCCACAUCCCCGACUUCCCAUCACCGCCACAAGGGACAAAGCGACCCAUCAUGACCAAGUAUGCAAGACCAGUGACGCGAAGAGCAGUCGGCACAGGGCGUAUCGUCAUCCCACGACAAAGGCUAGUGUCGACAAAGGUCGAGGUAGUGAGAGGUCCGACUGAAGACCUUUACAAACCAGCAGAGGACAAAAAGCAAGCUUCACCCACGUCUAGCUUCGACCGCCCCAGCAGGAACUCACUUGGCAUCUCGUACGCAGACAUGGCAUCCAACUCACCUUUCCACCAGUCUAGCACAUGGUCAACAAUACCUUCUAGUCACGAGUGGCACGACGAGACACUACAGAGCCUCGAGAAUGCCGACAGCGUGUUGCCAAGCUCAAGUCUCAGAAGAUCGCGGUCGGCAUCGCAACCUAACUGGGCACCAUAUAAGGACUCGCUAUCUAACAUCAACGAUGGUGCAAGUUCCAAAUAUCCGCAGAGUCAAUGGUCGUUUGCCCCUAUCCCGCGGCCUCCGCCUCUUGGUGAUGCAUCUUCUAUCGCCUCGCAGGGUUUGUCGAACUCUGUGAGCGGGCAUGCCCGCGCUCCUACCCUUAGUUCUGUCGGGUUUUCAAAGGCACCUUCGUCGUUCCGGCUUGAUGGCAACGAGAACACGCAUAAUGACGACGCGGAAAAGGAGAGCAAAUGGGCAGGCGGGACGAGCGGUUUUCUCAAUGGUAGGUUUCGCUCACCGCAGCCGAUAGCAUUGGUGACUUCGCAAAGCAAGACGAGUUCGGAAUUUGCUGUUUACAUUUGAGUUUAAUACCCCAUUUUGUUGUGUUUUGUUUUGUUUUGUUUUGUUUUGUUUUAUCUUAUUUUUUUUAUAGUGCUCCUGAAUAAUCGGCUUUUGUGCGGGUACGGACAUUAAGGAGUUCAAGGUUCCAGGGCGUCACUGGCGCUUCUCAUUUCGAAACGUACAAGCUACAUGUGAUAGUCCGGAUUUUAGUGUAGUGUAGAGUAGUGUAGUCCGGAAAUGUGCCGUCAUCACGAACCAGUGGCGGCGAAAAUGGGUCUG